AUGACGGUUCGUGUUGUUACAUAUAAUAUUUUAGUACCGAUUUUGGCUAAUCGACCUGAACAUUAUACGAAAUGUCAAAUUGAAUUUCUUCAGACUGAUUAUCGCUGGAAAUUAAUUCAAUUUCAAUUAGAACAAGAAAUUAUUCAUCAUGAUAAUACGAUCAUCUGUAUACAAGAAUUAUCUCUUCCUCUUCUACCUAAACUUGAAUUAUUUUUUCGUCGAUUAAAUUAUACAUUCUUUCAUAAUCUUUACGAAGAACGACACAAAGAUUAUAUGGGUGUUGGUAUAGCGAUUCCUGUUUCAAUGCAACUUAAUUCAAUCUCGAUUAUUAAAAUUGGAGAUCAUAUACGAUCGAUUUGCAAGUUACGUGAGAAAGAAACAAGAUUGCUCCCAGAAGAAUCGAAUUUACACCAGGAUGUCAAGAACAAACUUACAGAACCUGUAGCAGAUCCUUGGGAAACUGCUAUAAACAGACGCAAUACACUUGUUUGUUUACAAGUUAUGAUUAAUAAUAAAUCCUUAUAUAUUGGUACGUAUAACAUGCCUUGUCUAUACAAAGAACCUGAUGUUAUGAUAAUUCAUUCUUCGAUUGUGAAAGAUUUAAUGUUUGAAUUGUCCGAUGGUCAAGAUUUUAUUCUUGCUGGUGAUUUUAAUAUUAGACCACAAGAUGCAUGUUAUCAAGCUUUAACUAAAAAAGAUUAUUCUGAUAUUGAUUUACCACAAUCUAAUAUUUAUGAAAUUUCAUAUAAACGAAAUGCUGCACAAAUAUUGAAGAGUGCCUACCGAGAGAAGAAUGGAAUCGAACCUGUUUAUACAAAUUUUGCUCAUUCACCACAGUCACCUAAUUUUUGUGAAACACUUGAUUAUAUAUUUUUUAAUGGUCAUCUUUCAGUAACAAAUGUAUUGGAAUUACCAGAUCAUCCUACAGGUAAAUCUUACCCAGAUGAAACACAUCCAUCUGAUCAUUUAAUGAUCGCAGCAACAUUUCAGUUAUGA